AUGAGGGGCCCCGUCGCCGCCGGGGCCGUCUUAGUCUUCGCGCUGUGCGGCUUUGGGCAUUUCUUCUUCUCCGCGGCCACUGCAGCAGUCACCAACAAAAAAGUGUCUGUGUCUGAGGUGUCGUUUGACAGCCACGUGGAGGACAUUCAGUGGUGCGGGGAGAACCACAAGACGGUGCUGCUGAAGACGAGAAGCGGCAGACUGUACAGGUCCAAGGAUGGGGGCAAAACCUGGAUGGAGAUCAGCGACUUGCUGCAGGCCGACGACGCAGCAGCCGCCGCCGCAGCAGCAGCAGCAGGAGGAGAAGCAGGAGCCGUUUGA